GGUCACACGUAGUUUUUUUGUGUUUUUGUGCUCUCUCUUUUCGUCGGUGCAAUAUUUUGCAAUAUACUAUUUCCACGGCGAAAAUCGCAAUUACAUAAAAAACGCAUCAAAUCGAAAACUCGCAGACGGAGCGCGGCAUAACGAAAUAGUGUCGGCAGUAAAACGAAACGGAAACGUAACGAAAAAGAUGCAAGAACGGGAAAAACCUAUUUACGCAUUACGCAGCGAAUCGUUGAGUUGCAGCCUUUUGUUGUUUUUUUAUUGCCAAACGGGGGAGCUGCAUUAAUAUGCAGUUGUUUGAUGGUAAAUCUCUUGUGAUGUAGGCAAGGCACCAAUACCAAUAAACGCGCCGAUUACCAUUACUCUCUCUACUCUACUCUACUAAACAACAACAACCACAACCACAACCAAGUGCAAUCAACAAUUACAACGCAAUCAGAACAAAGAACUACCAGCAGCAGCGAAAACAAAAACAACAACAACAACACCAAGAGCGAAGAAUUGGAAAGAGGCAGAGGCAAGAGGAAGAAGAACAACAAUAGCAGACGACGCAUAAUUUCCUGCUCACACACAUACACACACGCACAAAGAGAGCGGCUGCUGUGUGUGGGGAGGCAAAACAACAAAGAACAACGAAAAAGCGGCGAGUGUGGGAGCAGAAGGCAAGAACGCCAUCGAGAGCGAAAGGGAAAGCAUCAGAGGCGGGGGAGCUGCUGCUGCAUUUCUGGAUUUCUUAAUCUGGAUUUCUGGAUAUAUAUAUAUAAGUAUUAUCCACGCGUAAAAUGACCAAUUCGGGACGCAAUCAUCAUCGAUUCGAUCAAACAUUCCUGGGCGCCACCGAACUGGACGAUGAGUUAAUCAAACAACUGCCAAAGGAGGUAUUGCUGCGAGUCUUCUCCUACCUGGAUGUGGUCUCACUAUGUCGCUGUGCACAGGUAUGCAAAUAUUGGAAUGUGCUGGCCCUCGAUGGUUCCAGCUGGCAGAAAAUCAAUUUAUUCGACUUUCAACGUGAUAUAGAGGGUCCAGUGAUUGAGAAUAUAUCGCAGCGAUGCCGCGGUUUCCUCAAGUCACUAUCGCUGCGUGGCUGUCAGUCGGUGGGAGAUCAGUCCGUGAGAACUCUAGCGAAUCACUGCCACAAUAUUGAACACUUGGACCUGUCCGAAUGCAAAAAGAUAACGGAUAUAUCUACACAGUCCAUCAGCAGAUAUUGUUCCAAAUUAACGGCCAUUAAUUUGGAUUCCUGCUCCAAUAUAACCGACAACAGUUUAAAGUAUCUAUCCGAUGGCUGCCCAAACCUCAUGGAGAUCAACGUGUCCUGGUGCCAUUUGAUCUCCGAAAAUGGCGUCGAAGCGCUGGCCCGCGGCUGCGUCAAGCUGCGCAAGUUUAGCAGUAAAGGUUGUAAACAGAUAAAUGACAAUGCCAUAAUGUGCCUGGCCAAAUACUGUCCCGAUUUAAUGGUGCUAAAUCUACAUAGCUGUGAGACCAUAAGCGACUCAUCGAUCCGACAACUGGCUGCAAAUUGUCACAAGCUCCAAAAACUGUGCGUGUCCAAGUGUGCGGAUCUCACCGAUCUCUCGCUCAUGUCGCUAUCGCAGCACAAUCAUCAGCUGAACACACUGGAGGUGUCCGGUUGCCGCAAUUUCACGGACAUUGGCUUUCAGGCGCUGGGGCGUAACUGCAAAUAUUUGGAGCGAAUGGAUUUGGAGGAGUGCAGUCAGAUUACAGACCUAACGCUGGCCCAUCUUGCCACCGGGUGUCCCAGUUUGGAGAAACUAACCCUUUCGCACUGUGAGCUCAUUACGGACGAUGGCAUAAGGCACCUUACCACAGGCAGCUGUGCCGCUGAGAUCCUCUCUGUCCUCGAGCUGGACAACUGCCCAUUGAUCACAGACCGAACGCUGGAGCAUUUGGUGUCCUGCCACAAUCUGCAGCGGAUCGAGCUAUUCGAUUGUCAGCUCAUCACCCGCACCGCCAUACGAAAGCUUAAAAACCAUCUACCAAAUAUCAAGGUGCAUGCCUAUUUUGCACCCGGAACACCGCCGGCGGUGACCAGUGGACACCGACCGCGCUAUUGCCGCUGCUGUGAGAUUCUCUGAGAUACGGCCAUUGGCUUUGCCAGGAAGAUAAUGCGCAAGACAGCAACUGACUGAUGCUGGUGGCCGGUGUGCAUCGUCAUGUUUGCCAUGGUGUUCAGUUUGACCAUCGUUUCGAUGAUCUGCAUGCAUAUGCUAGGACUGCUCGAUACGGCGAUGCAGCAGGAGCAACAGCAGCAGCGGCAUUAAAAACGAAAACCUAAUCUUAGUUUUAGUUUUUUGAAAAGCGAGUUUUUUAAAAACUUGCUAGGAAAAACCAGCAUCAAAUUGUGAUUAUUUUAUUUAAUAUUGCUACUACUAUGUUAACUAGAAGAUCCCCCUCAUCAGUUUUGUGAAAUCUGUGUAUUAGAGUCCCCUGUCCCCCAAGAGCUUUGUGUUUAUUUGUUAUUAACUUGCAGCCAGACGAAUUGCUAGCUUAAUAUAAUAGCCUAGCUCCUUGUAUAUAUAACUAUAUAUAUGUAUGAAUGUAUAUCUAUCAGCUUCAGGUCGUUCCGCUGAAUGUUCUGUGUCUAGCCUUAGCGAACUGUACAGGGAUGCCAUAGAAAUUGUUGAGGAGGAUGGAUUGGUUUAAAAGAAUGCAAGGAAAUUAAUUUUAAUAUUUUAUUGCACACUCUUAGAAUCAGUUUUUAAUUAUUUGAAACCGAAGAAUUACUGUGGCACCCCUACUAAAGUGCGUUUAGUUUUAAACUCUUACUUUCGUCACUCGCAUGCACCUGUAUUAAAUGUCUGCUAAAUUAUUAACUAAAUUAUUGAAGAAACCAUCUGGAUUAGGAAGGGAUUUUAUCAUUCACUUCGGAACAUGUCGAUAGAACCACAAAGCGUUCAUAUAAAUACACAACACAUAACAGGAAGGCCACAGAAAUCGCUGAAAGAUAUAAAAUCUAAUGAAAGAAUGUAUAAAAUACUUUAUUUUACCUUUAGUUUGUUAAAAAAAGUUCUAACUUAAAGCGAUUUCUGUGCUGCAUUCCCCUAUAUAUAUAUAUAUAUAUGUAUAUGUACUUGAUCAAGUCAAGUCUAGUGCCAGCAGAAAAUAUGUUCAGCAAAUUAGCAUUAUUCUGUAUGUAUAGCCAUGUAUAUUACACAACGAACAAACGAAUGGAUCAUCGUCAGCCCUACCCACACAUCAAAAUAACUAAAAUAAAUCAAUAUAGAAACACA